AUGGACCAGAAUGCGCAUAUUGUGGUGAUCCGAGGCACACUCGUGAGACUUGUUUUAAAUUGCAUGGCUACCCCGAUUGGUGGGCUACUCUUAAAGAUCAAGGACAACGCAAUACGACCAAUAAUGGAUAUUCACACUAAGGAGAUUCUUGGUCGUGGUACUAAGAUAGGGGGGCUAUAUUAUGUCGAUGACUUCAGUCCCAGCGUGGCUAACAGUGUGACGCAUCCCUUUGAUAGCAAACAAAAGCAAAUAUGGUUGUGGCACCGUCGAUUAGGGCAUCCGUCUUUUAGUUAUAUGAAGCAUCUUAUACUAGAUUUAUUCUCGGGUUUCAAGGACUUUGACUUUACAUGUGAUACUUGUAUUUUGGCCAAGAGUCACCAUGUGCCCUACUCGUUGAGUACGAACAAGUGUACUACUCCAUUUACGUUAAUUCACUCUGAUGUCAGGGGACCUUACCCUAUCACUGCUCCUUUUGGUGUUCGAUAG